UUGAAACAUUUAGUACUGUUUUACCUAAACGGGCACCUGCUUUUGUAGCGAACAGAAAAAAAUAUGUAGGAUACGGAAAACCAAAAUAUUCAUAGUUGUCUUAAGCAGCACAUAUCAACUCUGAAAAUGUUAGUAAACCAGGGUUAUGUAAUAGAGAAACAUCAUGAUAAAGAAAAAGAUCCAGGGUUGAUACAGCAGCAGAAGAUCAAAAGGCCUGUAGAAGAUGGGGUAGUUAUGUAUGACUGCUCACCAUGUCUACGUAGGUUUCGUCUUCACCGGCUUAUACCUAAAGAAAGCAGCAGAGUUUGGUUUGUGAAGGACAUUUGUGGUGUGAUUUGUGUUAUACUGACAUGGAUGUUAAUACUCUACGCAGAAUAUGUGGUCAUGUUCAUAAUGCUGAUGCCAAAUGUCAACUUUGGUUAUAAAUGGGGAAAUGCCAUAUUAUUCAACUUCCUGGCAUUCAUGGCUGGAGCUUCACAUUCCAGGGCUAUGCUCUCAGAUCCAGGUGCCGUUCCAAAAGGCAAUGCCACAAAAGAGAACAUUAUGAAAUUAGGAUUAAAAGAGGGUCAAGUUGUGUUUAAAUGUCCAAAAUGCAUAAGCAUUAAACCAGACAGAGCACAUCACUGCAGUGUUUGUCAGAGAUGUAUCAGGAAGAUGGACCAUCAUUGUCCUUGGGUGAAUAACUGUGUAGGGGAGACCAACCAGAAAUAUUUUGUUCUUUUUACUUUAUAUAUUUGUUUGAUUUCAAUACAUGCAGUAUAUAUGGCCAUACAGCAUUUUAUACUGUGUAUAGGAAAAGAUUGGAAAGGAUGUUCCGGUGUAUCACCCCCAGCUACAACAAUAUUCCUUAUAUUUCUUGUGUUUGAAGGUCUACUUUUUGGAAUAUUUACAGCGAUUAUGUUUGGUUCCCAGCUCUCAGCAAUUUGCUCAGAUGAAACUGGUAUAGAACAGUUGAAGAAAGAGCAAGGCGCAUGGGAAAGGAAGUCCUACUGGUUUAGCAUUAAAUCUGUGUUUGGUCAUCCAUUCAGUUGGAGAUGGUUCUCUCCCUUUUCCACUCCAAAUUAUGUUUACUUUGAAUCCAGGGAAUACUGUGUGUGACACUUGUUAAAUUAUUGUUUAAAGUAUAACUUUAUCUGCACAAUUCUUGUGAUAUAUCAGGGGAGCAUAACCUCUGGCAAAUAGAUAUUUUGCAACAUUAUAUUUUUUAGAUUUUUAGCUCUCUGUUUGUGGGAAAUGGAAGUUUGAACUGUGUAUUUCAGUCUGUCUUAUGUCUUGUGGAUAAUGUUACUAUGCAUGUAUGGCACAAAAUUUCUCCGUAAUGAGACUGUGUGCUAUGUGCAAGAUUGGAGCUUUAGUGACAGUCAUUCUGCCUGUCUUGUAUUAUUUUUGUAACGCCUAUGAAGAAAUAUGGUUAACGGUUACGCUUAUGUUGAUCAACGUGUCCAUGUUUAUGUUGUUUGCUUAAUGACCUCCUUUAUGUAUGACUCAGAUCAACAUGAAGUGGAUAUGUGGAUAUUGUCUGAACUUUUAUAUUAAGUUAUUACCUCAACAAUAAAUGAUGGUAAUAGUUAUAUCUUUAUUUAAAGAAGGUACAUACAACAUGUUAAGAAAUAUAGAAACAAUUAUGUGCAUCUUAUUUAAAUUGUGGCUUUCUGAAGUAAAAAAUAAAAAAACAUACAUGUAUAAUCAAAGCUGAAACAUCUGUAAUCACCUUAACAGGUAACUCCACUCACCAUCAACAGUUACACAUUAUAUAAUCAAAUGAUUAACUCAUUCAUACAUUUUUUGACAGACACUCGUAUAAAAUAUGGUAAAAAUAUUGUAUUAUGCAUUCUCCUGAUAAUUAAAAAGGAGAAAAUUCUGUGGAUUACAGUUUAUCUUUCUUAGAACAUUUAAGACUAAUUAUGUUGCAAAUAUUUAUAUCAAUAGUUAUAUCAUUCCAAAUGUAAAUAAUAUGAAAAUCUUGUCUUUAAAAGGGGACCUUUAUAUACAGCAGGAGCUUAGCAGGACCCCAGAAUUUCAUUUAGCAUCUUAUUGACAUGUAAUCAUUUCUAGAUUUCUAUCAUAUGGGUAAUUAUUCUACCAAAGAUAGAUUAUAGUACAUGUGUGUAUGUAAAAGUGCUGUACUAUUUACAUACAUUUUUGAAGAAUCAUAAUGAUUGAUUUGUAAGGUAUUAGAUAUUUUCAAAGUUUUCACUGCCCAGUCU